AUGAUGUUGAUGAUGGGAGAUCCUCCUCCAUCAAAUCCCACCGUCCAGAUCCCGCCUUGGGAUUACCUCGAAGAUCCGACGGCCCACAUCCACUCCCCCGCCCUGGCUGCGCUGCAGCGGUUCCUGCCGUCCAACAAGCCGGAGGAGGAAGAGGACGAGAUCUCCGACGGCGACUUCGAUUUCCCGGCGGAUGCAUUCUCUUGCGACGAUUUCCGGAUGUUCGAGUUCAAGGUGCGCGCGUGCGCGCGGGUGAGGUCGCACGACUGGACGGAGUGCCCGUUCGCCCACCCUGGGGAGAAAGCCCGCCGGAGGGACCCGCGUCGGCACCACUACUCCGGCAGCCCAUGCCCAGACUUCCGAAGGGGCGCGUGCCGGAGGGGCGAUUCCUGCGACUAUGCACACGGCGUUUUCGAGUGCUGGCUCCACCCGGCUCGCUACCGCACCCAGCCGUGCAAGGACGGGAUCCACUGCCGCCGCCGGGUCUGCUUCUUCGCCCACACGCCGGAGCAGCUACGAGUCUUUCCGCUCACCGGAAGCGCCAACGGGUCGCCCCGUCAUCCCGAACCGGAUCCCUUCGUGUUGUUGGGGUCCUCCCCCCGGUCGACUCCGCCAGGUGAGUCACUGAAACUGAGUCAACUCACUGAAACAAUGCGCGGUCUGCAAAUCAGCAAUAUGAGGAUAGGCUUGGGUCCUGGGUUGAGUACGACCUCCGGGUCGUGGGGGUUAGGUUUUGAUUCCCUUAGCUGUCCUCUGGAAACCAGAUCCGGAUUUAUUAGCCUGCCGUCGACACCAGUUCGAGUGGUAACUCGGUCGGGACUCAGUCCAUUGGACACUUGGGAAGCUUCCUGCCAGGAGGAGCCGACGAUGGAGAGAGUGGAGUCGGGCAAAGCUUUGCGUGAAAAAAUCUACCAAAAGAUCGGCCAAGAGAACUCGUUGGAUCGGAUCGGCAGAGUCGAAUCGGUUAGUGGGGUCCCCAUUUUUGGUGGGUUUCGGAGCUUGUGA